CUCUGUGGUCUGCCAAACGAGAGCUUGCUUUGGAGAAACAUGGGGGCUAUACAGAGGGAAGAAGACUCAGUGCCUCAGAACCAAUGGAUUCAACAAUAUGGGCACACGAUUGCUUACUGCAGACUCUUUAGCAUGCAUCGCCUCUGGACAAUGGACACCCGUGUGCUGAACCAUAUCAUGGUGCACCACACCAUCUACCAGCGUCCUUUUCCCAUCAGAUAUAUGCUAUCGCGCGCCGUAGGUCCUGGUGUCCUUGUGACCAAA